AGUGAUGUCCACCACGUCAUGCUGUGUCGUUGUGUCGUUGCUGUGUGUUGUGCGUGUCGAUGUCAUUCAUCGUGUUGACCACGUCAUGCUGUGUCGUUGUGUCGUUGCUGUGUGUUGUGCGCGUCGAUGUCAUUCAUCGUGUCGACCACGUCAUGCUGUGUUGCUAUGCGUUCAUAGUCGUCCACUGUUCUCUCUCCUAUUUACAGUUCUUUGUUCAUCACCAUGGCGACUUCUGCUUCAUUUCACGGCGUUGUUGGUAUUCAAAAUGGAAGCAGAUAUCAGAUCGACAGAAAAAAUUACUGGCGAUACGACGGAUUCAUUGUCACACCAGAAAUGGGCGACGGAAAAUCUGUGCAUUCUCUUCAUCUCUUUGCCAAUGAUGACUUACAACCUCUUCCUGAUGGCGCACGCGCCUUUCCAACAUCAGAAAAACUCUCCCCCCGGAAAUUACUCUAA